AUGCGGAGCUUUCUUAGCCAGGUCGGCCUCAAGAGCAGCGCCGGCGAGGAGCAGCGGGAAGGGCCCGAAAACGACGGUCCGGACGCAGACGCUGCUGAUGUAAUGGGGUCCUUCGCCUCCCCGAAGCGGCUGGGCCAUCAUGGUUCGAUCAGCGACGCUUGUGUCUUGUCCUACGAACCAACCAACGGACUGAUGGCCGUCGCCUCCCGCGGGGGUCUGGUCAAAGUGUUCGGCGGGCCGGGGGUGGAGCUAGUUCUCGAGGAGGAGGGGGCGUCCGUCGCCGGCGAGGACCCACCGUCCCAUCUGCUCUUCGCGACGCCGAGCCUCCUCGUUGGGGUGACGGCAACGGGUGCCGUGUUGGUGUGGGACCUCGCGGCAGGAGGGCGCGGCGGUAGCAUCCCCUCCCCGCCGGACCCCGCCACGGGCCUCGACGAGCGCGUCACGUCCGUUCACUCACACGGCGGCGGCGGCGGCGGCGGCCUCGCCUCCGACGCCCACGAAGAGCGGUACGUCUUCCUGGGCUUCGAGAGCGGUCGCGUUCGCGUCGCGCAAGUUUUCCCUGUGUAUCGCGAGUCCGGCUACACCGUGGAGCCUCAGAACACGAGCCACGGAGCACCCGAUGAGCUGCUGCAAGCGCCCGGCAAGAGUUUGGGGGCCGUCACCGCCAUCGCAUCUUUCGGAGAUCGGGACGGCGGCGGCGGCGGGUUUGGCAUUUUUGGACACCGGUGCGGCGGAAUCGUGGUCUGGGAUUGGGUCCGCCGGAAGCGACUCGCGCUCCGGAGUCUGGGCAAGUCGCAAGGCAAGAAGGAGGAGGAGGACGACGACGAGGAGGAGGACUUCGAGGACCGGGAAGGUCGCGAGGUGACGAGCCUGGCGUUGCACCCUUCCGGCGAGGCGUUCGCGGCCGGGUUCGCGGCCGGCUGCUACGCGGUCUUCUCCGUCUCCUCGUCGCCCUCGCACGAGACCGGCCCGCCGCGGUGGGUGCGCGAGGUCGGGGACGACGGCUCGUGCCCGAGGGAAGGGCCGACCAUCGUGCGAACGGCGGUCUCCCUGGUGCGGUGGGUGCGCGUGCGCGGGGCCGGGGCCGGCCGAACGUCGGGGCUUGUCGUGGCGGGCGGCGUCGAGAUCGAGGAGGGCGAGGAGCCCGAUGGAGUAAGCCUGCUGGUGCCGUCAUCUGAGGCUGUCGGUGCGCGCGGCGGCGGCGGCGGCGGCGGCGGGAGGGCCUUAAAGAAGAAGGACGUCGUCACGGCGGCGAAGGCCGCGCUCGAGACCGCUGUUUUCGUGCCCUUCGCCAUGGGACAGGAGAGGCUGUCCCACGUACAUUGUGUGCUCUCGGGCACAGGGGCGCCGACACGAGAGCCCCGUAGGGCAGGAACGAGGUCUUCCGGCGACCUGUCUGAGGACGCGAGGGUCGGCGGCAAGGAUGAGCCAGAUUCAGCAGCGGCGCAGGAGGACGAGGUCGAGGUAGCCGAGGAGCUGGUCGUCCUCGGGCUGGUGAAGUGGAACGAGGAGUUUCUAGGCGACGACGGAAGGCUGCACUUUAGGCUCGCUUCGUCCAUCCAGGCCUGCCCGAUCCAGACGAGCCCCUACGUGGCCCUGCUGCAGCUGGCGCCGGAGAGGUUCGGACCGCAUCUCUCGGGGUUUGCGACGGUCACGGCGGUCGCGUCCACGCCGCUCCUGUCCUCGUCCACGAUCCUCGACUUCAUGACGUGCUUGGGGGCCGAACAGGUGCAGGAGGAGGGUCGAAACGGCUCGCAGACCACGGCGUCCCCCCUCCUGCGAGGCGGUUACCUCCGAUGGCCCGACAGCGUCCCUUCCCGCAGGCGCGACGAAGCCCUGGGCACCAGCGAGCUCCUCGUCGCGGGCCACUCGGACGGGUCGCUCAGCUUCUGGGAGUGCUGCGGGCCGGCAUCGAGGCAGGACGCGGUCUGUCUCUCGGAGGGCAGGGUGGUCAUGCGCGAGGUCCCCUCGGGGACCGUCCUGCUGGGCUCCGUGCCGGCCGCCGGAUUGGGGUCCCCCGAAGAGGGCGCGGGAAACGCCGCCGUGACCGCGCUCGACGUGUGGGUUGAGCGCGACCACGUCGCGGCGGCGGCGGGGGCGGCGGCGGCGGGGCGCAACGCUUGCUGGGUGGCGGUCGGCCUCGAGAGCGGGGACGCCAGGGUGAUCGUUUUGUCCAACAGGAUGGAAGCCGGGUGCAGCAACCCAGAAUUUCCUAGCGGUAGCGGCGGUGGCUGUAAGGCAGGGUCGGGGGGGGGGACGCCGCUGGCGGAGAAACCGGUAGAGGUUUCUGACGUGAAGCUGGGCGACGACGGAACGACCGGAGAUGACUCGACGAAAGGCAGCAGCGGCGGCGGUCGACUGUUGAAACGGUUCUUGAAGCGCGGAACGGGGCAGCAGCCGUCUCCCGGGGACGAGGAGGGCGCAAUGGAAGACACCGAGCUGGAAGCGGCUAUCGCGGAGGCACGGGCAGAAGCGCGCGCGAUUGCGGCGCUCGAGGAGUCGAGGGAAGGGGCUCCGGAGAAUGCUGAAACGCCGGAACCUCGAGGGACAGUCGACGAUGCGCGAAAACGCGAAUCCGUUGGGGGGGAAGGGGAGGCGCAGGAGACGGAUGAUCACGAAGAGAGCGAUCAUCUUCGGCAAGAGCUUUCCGAGGCCAUGGCCGACGAGGGCGCGUGGAGCGGAUCCGUCAUGUCACCUUUGCCCAAACGACCGCCUCCGAAGCACGCCCCGGAGGCAGAGAAAGGAGAAGAAGAGAAGCUCCGCCUGGACGAACCCCCGAAAGCCUCCCUCAUACAACUCGCGCUCAGGCUGCACAGCCACGCGGUUCGGUGCGUCGCCCUGUCGUUCGACGCGCGGGGGUCGGCCCUGGUCCUCGUCGUAGCGGACGAGGCGGGCGUCGUCUCCGUGACGGAUGUCUCCACCGGCUCCGCCUCGCUUCUGCCCAUGCGCGUCCCGCAGUCCAGACCCUGCCGUCCGAGCGUCACGAUCGGCCCUAUGCCGAGUGCCCUUUCGGGGGGGCAAACCCCAGAACCCGGUGCCUCCGGGGCACUGUUUGUCUUGCUGGAGGGAUGGCUCAACGUCUUCGACCUUGCAUCCAGGGACCCCGUCGAUUUUGUUCAGGUACCUGGGCUUGCGCCGCCGAGUGACGAUAGCCAUAAAAGCGGCGGAGGCGGCGGCGGCAGAGCCGGUAUUCGGGAAGAUGACUUCGCCGGGUCCGCAGGGAGAACGAGGAGUCGCGAGCGGAGCGAAGAAACCCCCUGGCUUGCCUGUGUGGACAAGCACGGCCUGCCGCUCCAGCCGUACGCGUCGGAACCGUUCAGCUCUUCCUUUAGCCCCCCGCCACGAAAGGAUCAUGCCGGCACGGAAGCCGACGGCGUGAAAUUGGACCCAGAAGACGCCCCCGUCCACUCGCACACCAUCUGGGUCUCUCCCGUGCCCUCGCGCACCGCGCUCGACGACUACCACGAGCACGAACUGCAGGUUCUCAGCGACACGCCGCCGCCGGAACCGUUGUUGUUGGUAGUGCGCGGGGCAACGGCAGUCGUCCUCGCCAUCUCCCGGAGGGACGCCGACGGCGUUACGUCAUCAGUGUUUGCCCGGCGGGGCUCGGUCUCUCCGGACGCGGCGACUUUCAAGGGAAGGUCGGGCGCCGAGCUGGUUGUGCGGUCUCGGGGGACGUUGCCGCCGGCCCGGAGAAGCGCGGUGCCGCCGACGAUCGACGGCGCCGGUGUCUGCUUGGUGGCGGCGGCGGGGGGGGAAGGGCUAGAAGCGGCGACGAUGCCGGAUUGCGAAGAGGCGCGCCGUCGCUGGCGCAGAAGUCCGUGUGCAAUUCCGUCGGGGAGCUCACGCUCCAAGGGAUGGCAGGGGCAGUCCUCCACCGGCGACGACAACGACAGCGGCGGCCGCGGCGGCGGCGGCGGAGGGGCCCUGUCGUCUUCCAGGGGGAGAUCCGCAAAGGGGAUGCUGGGGAGACUGUCGCUGGGCGGGUCGAAAAAGAACAUUGCCGAUGUGUUCGCUGUCGAACCCUCGCUCCGACAGGAUUCAAUAGGCGGGGGCAGCGGGAGCACACGCUCCUUACUUUCGUCGAGCGCUGGCGGUUCAUCCGGUCGUGCGGCAGGGGGCAGGGGGGGAGGGCAAACGGAGCAGCACCAACGCGAUGCUCUGUUCGGGCAGCGAGAAGCCGGGGCCGGCGGCGGCGGCGAGACGUCGGCGGUGGGCGGGGCUCGCGGCGGCGUUAGCGGCGCCCACGCGGCGGCCAGCGAAGCCCGCGACCUGGCGAUCGAGCGAGGAGAGAAGUUGGAAAAUUUAGUCGAUAGGUCGCGCCAGCUCGAAGACAGCGCGAUGGCAUUUGGCGACAUGGCCAAGCAGCUCCGGAAGCAGCAAGAAGACGAAGCGUGUUGCAUCUCGUAAGAUGUUGGCUGAUUGUAUCUACAAUAGGUUCUUGGUGUGUGGCAAUCAAUCCUGUUGUUCUGAAGAACGACGGUCUUGUUGGUUCGAUGUGUUAAGUGUGUUUGUACGCCGCACCCCCAAAUUUUACGCAACGGGGAUCUGCCUUGAAAUACUUUUCCACAACAGCGUUAGUUCAGGAUAAACGGGGCCGACCAAUGUGUUCCGGGGGCGCCAAUCUCUUGGCCCAUAAGAGUCUUGGGAGAACAUCACUCUUGUAGAUACGCCAUGUCUGGCAAAAAGGACCCGCCUAUUGCAAGGCACUUGACGUCUUGAGGAAGGCAUUCGGAUGGGAUAGGUAGGAAAAUGGAUGGCUGUCACAGAAGUUUCGCAAGACGGGCAGGCUUGCUCAGGCAACGCUUUUGGCAGACAGAAGCAAGGGACGGUCCGAUGUGUACUAUGGCCGAAACCCCAACAUUGUCUGACGAUUGAGAGUCUGUACUGCGAGAUCACAUGUUGGCAUGGGACAGCGAGUGUUUUCGGGUGUUAUGCGGGCGCUCUUGUGGGAUGACGUGGGGUUACCGCAGCAUAUGGGAGGGCGGGGAGGACUUGGCGGAGCGGUUUCUCUGGGGGUGGACGGAGACAACGCAUGGCCAGGAGCCCUAGGACAUACAGAUUAUGACAUGUGGUUUUGGGGUCAACACCGCACGCGCAGAUUAACGUACAUGUCGAGCGCAGCAUGAUGGUGAAUCCUAGGAAUUCCUAUUCGUACACCACCGUGCGCAAUAACAAAACCUGAAACACGG